AAAUAUUAAAUAAUAGGAAAAUUUAACUAUACAUACAAACAUAUGUAGUUUUUAUCUUAAUUUACAAGUAUCUUUUCUCAUAUCUGUGAUUAAUGUUAAAGGUACAUUUAUAUCUUACAAAAAGAAAACAAAACAUAAAAAAUUGUGCGACGAAUCUAGGCACACUAGGUAGCAAUUAGGUGCUCUGGACUGACAUCUAGAUUUCAUAGGCAGCCGACUAAUUCACCUAGGCGCCAAACCAACCAGUCAGACAUCUAGACAAAAAUUGGAGGGUCUAGCAAAUAGUGCCUAGGCUAGAUUAAUUGAGCGCCUAGAACGAACUGUGCCUUACAUGCUCCUAACCCUACGCAGUAGCACCCCAACCCCACUCCUUGUCCCUAGACCCCCUCCAGUGCUCCAAUGCCCCGCCCCAGCGCCCCUGUCCCUCAAGGACCUCUGUAGCAUUGAGAACGGCCGAUUCGGCACUAGCGACCCCAACUCGGAGUCAUCGUCCAUUGAGGUUGGUGGAUCUAACGCUGACUGUACCAAAUCAAAGUCGUUGUCCGUCGAUGAUGAUGGAUCUAGCACCGGCAGCCCCAAAUCAGAGUCAUCUUCCAUUGAGGACGGCGGAUCAAACAUCGGCCGGACUCCAUUGAGGAUGACAGAUCUUACGUAGACGCUGCCAUCGAAGACAACGAAGAGGCUAGUCGAUUUAAGUUUCAGGCGGCGGAGAAGGUUAACGUUGGCGGUUGCGACAGUGAAGAAGAAAUGACAAGAAGAGUUGUGGUGCGACAGAAGAGCAGCAGCGGUGGAGGAGUCCUGGGGCGGGGCUCGAUCCAUCAUCAUCUGCGUUAGAUGUUCCUAAAUUAUUUUUCAAUUUACUAUUGAUCAAUUACAAAUUUAAUUCUCCGUACUAAAAUUGAGCUAUGGCAGAGAUCCAAGAGUAGGGUGUGGUGAUUUGCGGAUUAGAAGAGAAAGAUAAUUUUGCGUUAUAUGUUCCUUCACUUGAUUGAUACGCAUGGCCGG